CUGGCCAGCUGCGACUGAAAGAGGAACAGAGAUGAACGAAAUCUCACUUUUCACUCACAACUAGAUUUUUGAUACUGGGUUUGCUAUCAAGUUUUCGAUAGAAAACGUAUCCUUCACAAACCCAAAACUGUGUGAAUUAAAGCAUAUCUUCAAUAUGUCAAAGUGGGCAUUGGAUCCACAGCGGUCGUGAUUAUGACCGGGGCCGAGAACUUUGAGCUGCAUAGACGAUCUUCGGAGGCGGCAAUUUCUACGAGCGAGGGAGGACACGCCACUUCCAGUCGUUUCUGUGCAUUUUGGUGCUUCAGGCGUGGCUGUCAAAUGGGAGUGGUAGGAAGAACGACUUUGCGGCUGGCAGAGACGAACUGUUAAGUCGCACUUACACGCCCACGUUAACCGGACUUGAAUAAGGAGCAGCAGAACAAGAUUUUCAAGCGCAAUGCACCUUCUAAUACACACUGUGUUUUUUCCCCCCCCUCACUUCAGCUUGGAGAGGUUGGAGGCAGGCUUCUGGUGCACGUACGGAGCAAGGUAGUUUGCUCUCCUGGCUGACGUGGAAUAAUGCGCCUGGUGCAGCUGCUGAAAAGCCACUUCUUGAGCCACCUGAUCAUCUGCUACGUGUUCCUGGUCAGUGGCCUCAUCAUCAACCUGCUGCAGCUAUGCACUCUACCCCUGUGGCUGCUCAAUAAGCAACUGGCCCGAAAGGUUAACUGCAGAUUGUCCUAUUCCAUCUCCAGCCAGCUGGUAGCAGCAUUGGAGUGGUGGUCUGGAACGGAAUGCAGCCUCUAUACAGACCCAAAGUCUUGCCCUUUGUACGGAAAGGAAAACGCAAUCGUGGUUCUCAACCACAGUUUUGAGAUAGACUUCCUGUGUGGUUGGACCUUCUGUGAGAGAUUCGGAGUUCUUGGGAGUUCCAAAGUCCUUGCCAAAAAAGAGUUGGCUUACGUUCCUGUCAUUGGUUGGAUGUGGUACUUCCUGGAGAUUGUUUUCUGCAAGAGGAAGUGGGAAGAGGACAGAAAGACAGUUGCUCAAAGUCUUCAGAACCUGAGGGACUACCCUGAAAACUAUUGGUUUUUGCUUUACUGUGAAGGAACUCGCUUCACAACAAAGAAGCACCAGAUCAGCAUGCAGGUGGCCGAGACCAAAGGUUUGCCCAAACUGAAGUAUCAUCUUCUACCAAGAACCAAAGGCUUCUGGGUCACUGUUCAAAACCUUAGAGGAACUGUCGCAGCUGUGUACGACUCCACGCUCAACUUCAGAAACAACGAAACGCCAACUCUGCUGGGAAUCCUUAACGGAAAGAAAUACCAUGCAGAUUUAUAUGUUCGGAGAAUCCCACUGGAGCUGAUCCCAGAAGAUGAAUCAGAGUGUGCUGAUUGGCUCCACAAACUCUAUCAGGAAAAGGAUAGUUUUCAAGAGGGCUACAUGCAGUCGGGACGUUACCCCGGCCUCAUAGUGAGCCCUCCACGCCGCCCCUGGUCAUUGAUCAACUGGUUGUUCUGGUCCUGCCUGCUCCUGUACCCACUGGGCCUGCUCUUUGCACAGCUCAUCAUUUCGGGAUCAGUGGUGACAAUAUUGGCUUCAGUGGUGCUCUGCACUGCAGCAGAUUUGACACCUUGUAAUCUUCAGUGGGAGUUCGUUGGAUGAUUGGCCAAACUGAGAUUAACAGAUCUUCAAACUAUGGGAGCAAGACGACUCGUCAAAACAACAACUGAGGAAGCCAAAAAGCGCUCGGAGAUGAGUCAUGGCACUGCUGCUGCAAAAUGAAGAUUAAAGUUCCUGGCUUUAUAACUGCACUGCUGCUUGCUGCUGCACCAAGUGGCGAUCUGCCCUGAAGCACAAUGCAGGCAGUGUGCACCCAAAGAAUGACGUGGACAGUGCUUGGAAGAAUGGCAUUUAACUUGCUUGGGAAAAUGUAGUCAUUUUUGGGCAAGAAUACAUAAUGUCACUUUCAAAUGAAAGUUACACCAAGCUCAGCAACUACUUCAUCAAAUGUAAGAAUAAUACAGUGAGAACAUUAUGAUGAAAAUCAUCAUAGUUCUGUUCAAAUAGUCACAUAAAAGAAUUGCAAAAAUUGUAUUUACUACUACUGUGGACUUCUACUAGUGUAUAUGUUACCCUAAUUGUAUUGUAAAGAUGCAGUGCAUGUGUGACAGUCAUCCAGCACAAGCACACUUUGUCUCUGGAACAUCAUUUAAACACACAAGGUUUUAUUGAAUUACUGCCAUUUCCGGUAGUGUAGCCAAUGAGUUCUCAUUGUGUCUUACAGCAAACAUUCUUUCAGAUGCACAACUCAAAUGAACAAAGGUUAAUCAAUUAGGGAUGUUAGUGUAUUGUUUUUUAUUUUGCUCUUAUUGAAACGUUGUAUCUCAAUGGUAUAAGCCUCGGGAAACCUAACAAGAAAUAACUAUACAUUUGUUGAGAAAAUGACACAGUAAACUUGAGAUUUAACUGGUUAAUACACCACAGUGUGUCAUUGUGCAAUUCACAGAUGCAGUAGGCCUACAUGUAUAGUAGCUGUGAGCAGUAUAAGAGGGCCUCAGAGGAACAACUACCCAGGUGGUUCUCAAACGUUUUACACCAAGUACCACCUAAAAAUACACGUCCCUCCUAUUCCCACCAUAAUGACCAACAUUAAAAUAUGGUAGCGUGAUAGGCCCAAGUGUUUAGCAAAAAUGCUACUGUAACAUUAUGCGCCGUUUGAACAGUACUGUGUUUAACUAGACUAAAAUGUUUUCAAAAGACGAUUAAAAUGACCGGUACACACAAAAGGUAUACAAAUUGCAAUUUAAAGUUUGAAAACAAACAUUUCCAAAAUUUUAAAUAAAAAUUUAUUGAAUUUACCUGUACUCAACAAAUCUACUGCCCUGGGUUAGAAAAAAAGUUGAACCCACUAUAUUAUGCACAGGUCAAGCAUUUAAUUCUGUUAUUCUUUUAUGUACCACUAGAGGGAGUCCGCGUGCCACUAAUGGCACUUGGACCACACUUGGAGAACCUCUGGUCUACUCUGUACCGCUCGUCCUCAUUUAGGUUGAGGUUAGGGUUGACUAGUCAACCAUUCACACUGAUGGCCAAUUUAGAGUCUUCGAUCAACUAUCCAUCCAUUUUCCGAAACGCUUAACCUCACUAGGGUCACAGGCGUGCUGGAGCCUAUCUCGGCUAUCUUCGGGCGAGAGGCGAGGUACACCCUGAACUGGUCGCCAGCCAAUCGGAGAGCACAUAUAAACAAAAAACCAUUCACACCUACGGGCACUUUAGAGUCUCCUAUCAACCUACCACACGUUUUUGGGAUGUGGGAGGAAACCGGAGUGCCCGGAGAAAACCCAUGCAGGCACAGGGAGAACAUGCAAACAGGGAUUUGAACCCCGGUCCUCAGAACUGUGAGGCAGCUGUGCCAACCAGUCGUCCGCCGUGCCGCCUUCGAUCAACCUAAUGUUUGUUUUGGGAAUGUGUGAGGAGGCCAAGGCAUCCAGAGAAAACCCACGCAAGCACAGGAAGAAGAUGCAAACCCUACACAAGAAGGCCGAAAUUCAAACCUCAGAACUAUAAGGCCUUUAUUUGUACAAAUAUAUUUAACGAUAAUUUGUGAUACUGGUACAUCGUCACAAUAUAGUGUUCAGUAUCAUUAUAAUCAUAAUACUGCACCUUAUUGCAGUGGUUCUCAAACGUUUUACACAAUUAACCACCAGAAAAAUACUUAGCGCUCCAAGUACUACUAUAACAACCAACAUUAAAAGUAGUAGUGUACUAGGGCCAAGUGUUCAUCAGAAACCAGGGAGAGGUUCUAUUCCUAAAAGGUAAAUGUAAUAUUAUUGUAAGUCACUGUGACAUUACACACAGUUUGAACAUUCACACUGUCCUUGAAUAUAGGAAACUAAAAACUGUACGUAAGUGCAUUCAUUUAAAACGUAUUACACAUACAAGUUAAUUGAA